AUGGCCCACAAACUCAAAGGCAAGAAACUCUCAUCGAAGGGCUUGAAGGGGGCACUAGCAAGACACAAGCUCCAAGACAGCAUCGACCAGAAACUCUCGCGAGCAGCAGAGAUCGAGUCGCAAAACCAGCAAAACAAGUCGAAAUCAAUCACCUCCAAAAAACCCAAGUCCUCCAAUGUCAACACCAACCCAUUACGCGGCUUCAAUCCGUUCCAAAAUGAAAAUACACUCUUGCUCAUCGGCGAAGGAGAUUUCACAUUUGCGAAAUCUCUAAUCCUGCAAAACUUUAUCCAGCCGCGUAACCUCAUCGCGACAAGCUUGGACUCGCGCGAUGAUCUCAUCUCGAAAUACCCGGGCGUCCAGCACACCUUAGAAACAUUACAAUCAAGUGGAGUCAGGUUGAUGCACGAAGUAGACGCGACUGACUUACCGCGAACAUUGCAUUUGAAACAACAGCGUAAAAAGCAAGCAAAGUUGUUUCCAGAUGGCACCCAGCUCGAUUUCAUCAUGUUCAACUUCCCGCAUACUGGGCGUGGAGUAAAGGACCAAGAUCGCAAUAUCCGCGACCACCAAAGAUUGAUCUUGCUGUAUUUCCAAAAUUGCAAACUGGUUUUCGAGAUGGUUAAUUCGGGUGUGGUUGCCGUGGCGAAGGAUGAUUUCGCGGGGUAUCACGACACAAGCAUCAACGCGGGCGCUGGGGAUGAUGGAUUCGGAAAGGGGAAGAUCAUCUUGAGUGUGUUUGAAGGAGAACCGUAUAAUUCCUGGGGUGUUAAAGUCAUCGCUAAGGACCAGGGCUACAAAGUGAUGAAGUCGGGCAAGUUUGAGUGGGGGAUGUUCCCCGAGUAUCAUCACAAGAGAACUAAUAGUACGCGAGAUACGACUAAACCGGCAGCGGAACGCAAUGCUAGAUUAUAUGUAUUCGAGAAAAAACCCACAGACGCAAAAGACAAUCACCAAAACAAGAAGAAGAAGAAGAAUCUGGAUUCAGAUUCAGAUUCAGAUGAUGAAUAA